CACGGUCCAAUACUCGAUGAUGAGGAACAGACCGAUGCUCGCUGUUCCUCUUCAACCCGGAAGUUGUUUCCCGGUCAGAGUGAGACCUCCUGUCACCGGAUUGUGUGCAGAGUGGGACGUCUGUGCCGCUGCCUCCGGCUGAUCCAGUUUGACCGGGGACAUCUUGAAGCUCCUGUGUUCGGUGGACCGGCCGCUUCAUCGUGGUCCGGGUGUUUCUGUCCCUUUGAAGUCGGCCCUCAGUCGAUGAACGGUUUGAUGAAAGUUUAGAGAGGUAGCUUAGCAUUAGCUCCGAGGUCGAUGUUAGCCAGUUAGCCGCGCUGCUCCCAGUCUCUCCCAAUGGCUCUGAAGCGGAUCUCCAAGGAACUGACCGACCUGUCCAGAGACCCUCCGGCCCAGUGCUCCGCCGGGCCCUGUAAUGAAGACAUGUUCCACUGGCAGGCGACCAUCAUGGGCCCGCACGACAGUCCCUACCAAGGCGGCGUCUUCUUCCUCACCAUCCACUUCCCCACGGACUACCCUUUCAAACCCCCCAAGGUGGCGUUCACCACCAGGAUCUACCAUCCCAACAUCAACAGCAAUGGCAGCAUCUGUCUGGACAUCCUGCGUUCUCAGUGGUCACCGGCCCUGACCAUCUCCAAAGUCCUUCUGUCUAUCUGUUCACUGCUUUGUGACCCAAACCCAGAUGACCCUCUGGUUCCAGACAUUGCCCGUAUCUACAAGACUGACCUUGCCAGGUACAACAAAACGGCUCAAGAGUGGACACGGAAGUACGCUACGUGAUGUCAUCAUGGCGGAAAUGAGACUAGCCCACCUGGCCACGCCCCCGACAACAUUCCGACCCAUCGUCUUGCUACAGUGCUUUCAAACAUUUAAUCUCAUUUCCUGUGUGACACUGGAGCGAGGUGCACAGGCUUGUUUGAGGACUCAAGUGCAUGACACACACUCACACACACACACACCUACACACACCACACAGAAAAAUAAAGUCUAACUGGACCUUU